AUGGAGAAUCUUGCACCCUCUACUGUCAAGCAGAUGCAAGAUACGUCGAAGUGCAGUAAGCUUCCUGGCCACCUUCUUUGUCAGGGUUACAGUAUGGUUCUUCAUGUUCCUUGUUAUUUUCCUCUUUUCAGAUACUUAGUAACACCUUUAAUGGGAGCUGACCUCAACAACAUCGUUAAAACGCAAAAACUCACAGAUGAUCAUGUCCAGUUUCUCAUAUACCAAGUUCUUCGUGGCCUCAAGUACAUUCAUUCGGCAGGUAUUAUUCACAGGGAUUUGAAGCCAAGCAACAUAGCAGUAAACGAAGAUUGUGAAUUGAAAAUAUUAGACUUUGGUUUGGCAAGACCCACAGAAUCUGAGAUGACGGGUUACGUAGCGACUAGGUGGUAUAGAGCGCCGGAGAUUAUGCUUAACUGGAUGCACUACAAUCAGACAGUUGACAUAUGGUCGGUGGGAUGCAUAAUGGCAGAGCUCCUAACAGGGAGAACAUUGUUUCCUGGUGCUGACCACAUAGACCAGCUGAACAAGAUUAUGAAGCUGGUGGGAACGCCCAGUAAGGACCUUAUUGAUAAGCUCUCCAGUGAAGAGGCACGAAAUUACAUCCGUUCACUACCACAGAUGAGGAAGAAAGACUUCCGGCAAGUUUUCAGGGGAGCCAAUCCACUCGCUGUAGAUUUGCUGGAGAAGAUGCUAGAGCUUGAUAGUGAGCGCCGGGUAACAGCAGUACAGGCACUGGCACAUCCAUACGUGGCCCAGUAUGCAGACCCGACUGAUGAACCUGACAGUGAGCCUUAUGAUCAGAGCUUUGAGGACAUGGAAUUGCCAACAGAGAAGUGGAAAGAACUGGUGUACAAAGAGGUGACUAACUUCACACCAAAGCCUACGGUAAUUGCCGAGGAGGCAGAGAGAGCCCAGUCUGCAGCCAAUUGAGGGAUAUAAGUGGGUAGGAAGAACAAGCUCUUUCUUAACAUGCAAGGAAUGUUUACAUAAUGUUUAAGGUUCAUUAUACCCAUGAAUGUUGGGGGAAAUUACCGGUAGGUAAUUCCACAGGAUCAUUCUCAGGAGAGUAUGAAUAAAAAAAAAUAUUUUGAGGGUGUAUAUAAGAACCACUUGCUAAGAUUCUCUGUAUACUACUUUGGUACUUUAUUAAUAAUAAGUAGAAUAACUGAAGUGUCAAAGCAUACUUAGAAAAUUCAGUAUUCAAUUUUAUCAUGGACCUCAAAGAUGCAGCUUGAGAGGAGACUAGGAAAGUUUUGUCACUGAGUGUAUUAAUAACUUUCCAAGUUUUCAAUGUGAUUCAGAUUUUUGGUACACUGCUCCAAUUUAAGACAAUCAUAAGAUAACACAUUUUGGUUAAGGGAGAGGCAAGGUAAAAUAAAAAUUGUGAAUUCACAUUUUUUUUUUUUUUUUUUAGUUAGUAAAAAAAUAAAUGAAUACUGACUUUA